CCAGGUACCAUAUGUCCAUAAAGUGUUCAAUAAAAACUACCCAAAUGGCAAAUGCUUGAUAUGAACAAAUGCUUGUUGUGUGUUGCAGGAUCGAAUUAUUAAUGCUUGCUGUGUGUUGCACAACUUUGCACGUGAUAGGCAGCAUAUGAUGGACGACUUGUUGCUGCCGGAAGUGGAUAGUGAAAUAGCGGCUCAACCCAUUGAGCCUGUAGAUGAUGUUGGUUAUAUUAGAACUGUUCAAAUGACAGCUGAAUGGAACAUAUUUAGAAAUGAUUUAGCGGACGACAUGUUUGCUGAUUAUCUUGUGGCCCAUGCAGAAUUAGAUGUGUAGUAGGAUGUGUAGGUUAGCUAGUUGGAGUUGGCCUUUCUUUUGUGCUAUUAGAUGGUGCCGUUUGGAUAUUUUGUACAUGCAUCAUCAUGACAAAUUAAUAUAUGAAAUGACCUUACCCGAUCUUUUGUACUUAAUCUACUUUGUGUGGCCAUUGUCCUCGAUUUUGUUAUGAUGUAGGUCCAUGGCUGAAGAUCUAUCCAGGGUUGAAGAACCAUCCAAGGCGAAGUUCAGCAGAAGUUAUGUGCAAUGGUCUCCAGAGAUGGACCGUGCGUUGUUGGCGGUGCUUGUUGAGCAUCACAACAAUGGUGAUCAUGCCCAAAAUGGAUGGAAGCCACAUGUCUACAAUGCUGCUAUAAAGGUUGUACGUGACCAAUGUGGAGUGACUGUCACAAAGGAUAAAAUUGUAUCCAGGUGCAAAACUUUUGACAAGCAUUAUGAGAUCCUUAGCAAAAUUCUUGCUCUGAGUGGAUUUGGUUGGGACAAUGAGAAGAACGUACUGUCCAUUGAUAGUGAUGAUGUAUGGAACAGAUACGUGGAGGCUAAUGAAAAAGCAGCUAUUUACAAGAACAAAGUAGUGCACAAUUGGGAUGACAUCUGCACCAUAUACUCAAAAGAUCAUGCCACUGGUGAAGGUGCUAGGACAGGAGCUGAGAUUGCUGCUGAUCCGCAACCAGAAGACAAAGAAAUCUCUCCGGAAUCUGUUGAACCAGCUCCAAAGAAGCAGCGGGCGUGUGACGCAAUUCUGUGCAUGAUUGGAGAGCUGAAGACAUCAUUCAAUGAUGCUUUGAAGACAACUGAGCCAUUACCCAUGCCACAGAUUACUCCUCCUGCUGAUAUCCUUGCCGCACUUGAUAAGAUACCAGAUUUUUCUCAGAGUGACAAGCUGCGAGCAUAUGGUAAGUUGAUCCUUAGUGAACGCUUAUUCCAAGCACUUAUGGAGCUCCCCAUGGCCUUCAGGAAGGAAUGGUUGUUGAUGAUGAAUUAGAGGAGUGCAGUUUAAUUCAUAUGACAUGUGCGACCUAUCCUAAGAACUUGUAAUAUUGCGUACCAGAUUGUGUAACGUGUGGUGAACCUUUUGAA